AUGAGGAUGAGUGGCUUCCUUUGCAGAGUCUGCGACCAUUCCAGGAUCCUCCCAACGUUGGCGCAAAGGUCGCCACGCUUCCACUGUCUGAACUGCUCAAGGCAUUCAGACAAACCGAGCAGUUGGUGCAGAAGGUCCAGGAGCGGACAGGCCUCCCAAAGGAGGACUUUGUGCUCUCGGAUUGCCUCGACAACGCCAGCCUUUCCCGAGACCCUGUCCCCUACACCCGCACGAACCUCAAACUCUCAUGCUGUCCUGAAGCUGAAGCAAUGCGAUAACUUCCACACCGUGAUUCCGAACAGUACCACUCCAUGCGGAAGUUUCAAAGUGUGCAAAAGCCAUGAUCAGGUAGGGCUUGGCCGGGAAGCAUCUUCAUCGUUUGACACCACUCCACCAGUGUUGCAAUGCAGCAGUGAAUUUUUUCUGUUCUUCUAUUUCAGAAGUGAAGACACGGGAAAGCCAGCAAGUUUGAUUUGCAAAUCUCCGAUGCGAACAUAUUCUCGGCGGGAACUUUUAAAACGGUGGCAAUUACUUUGA